GCGGCAGUCUCGGGGACGACGCCGUCGCCGCCACGUGGGGAGUGAAUUUGAAUCAGCCGCCACUGAUUCUGCUAUUCCGUUGUGUCGAUGCAAUCGUUCGCAGUGGUAUUCACUCGGUACUCCUCUCGAACGAGACUCAUUGCAUGAGUACUCUGUAAGAGCGACUGAAAUAAUAUCGAAAGUCAAUAAAAAGGACACGAAGAGAGCAGAUAUUUGGCUACAUCUUGAAAGAAAGCAUCAUAGUUAACGAUACCGAAGAGUGGAUUGCAAUAAAGCUCCGUGAUCGAGCCGAAAGAAAAGUGUCCGUGAGGAAUAAACGGGAAAGGUAAAUACGUUAAUUCAGUAGUGCGGAAAGAGAAAAACAGAAUCAUUUUCAGCGCGCAACGAGACAAAAUAGACACAACUGUUACUUGUGAUAAAAAAUAUUUCUUCGGAAAAGCAUUUUACUUUGAAAUAUCAUCAUUAUUAAUAAAAUAUCGAUGAAAGGGGAAAGAAUAUACUCGAAUGACUAGCAUUCGAAAAAUUACACAAAGAUGGAUUCAGUAGUGAACACGAGUUUGUGCAGUUACAACUGUCAUCGUGAUAUACAUGUCGCAUAAUCGCAUGUCACCGUCACGCGCGACGUUUCUCUUCAGCUGUCAAGUUCUCUCGAAUAACAGUUUCCUCCGUUCCUCGUGACAGAAUUGGCGGAUCUAGAACAGGCAUCAACUACUGUCCGAACAGUUAUCAAACAGACCGCUUAAACAUCGCAGAGAGAUAUUAUAAGAAACCGGAGAUCAUAACUCUCGUCUCUGAUGAAAUCGGAGCAACUUGACGCAGCAUCACGUACAUUCCUGAUACGCGCUCCGGACGACGACUAGAGCCGCAACAAGCCCUACGUCGAGAGGCGACAACGGGAGCUACAAAGGAGGCGGCAGAGAAGGAGAAUAGGAGGAGAGGGAGAGGAGGGAAAAAAUCAAGAAGGAAGUAGCAAGUGUCACGGCGGGGAUCUUCUUGUCAGUGAGUGGUGGACUGUGGCGCGGAUCGUCGUGAGGCAUCGCGCGCGUGUGUGACAAGGAUCCCCCUCGCGGGGGACGAGAGACGCGCAGACGACAACGGAGCAGAAGAGGAAGGGGCAAGCAGGUCGGCAAGCACGCGCGGCCGAGACUCGCGCUCGAUACGGCACGCGCGCGAUUCGACCCGAUCGUCGUUUCCGAUCGCCACCGGCCGGCACCUGGUCCGGAAGAGGACCUUGUGACCUUGCGGGCCCGACCUUGGAAAUUGGCGCCACCAUCGGUGCAAAGUAUCCACGACGCGAAACUUACGAGCGAUUACCGUAAAGAACGCGCAAGUGUUCGAAGGGAUAAAGAGGCGAUUUUUAAUCAAUCUAUUUAAUCGCUGCAGCGACUUUGUUCUUCAUUUUUCCGGGGGCGAAGAAGAGCCAGUGAUCCAACUAUCUGUCACGCCGAUGGAAUGAUUCAAUAUGCCUAGAUCGUCACUGGUGAUCUUUGUCGCGUUGUGCGCGACAUGCAGCCGCGCGGACUUUUUCGGCGAGAAAAAGGAACUAGUAUACGAUUUAAUGGAGGCGUCGGUAUCGUCAACGGACGAUAACAAUCUUUAUAUAGAUGACGGUCUGGACGGAUUCCCGGCGUUUGGCUUCCGACCCGGAUCCGAAGUGAAGCAACCGCACAGAUUGUACCUCCCGGAAAAGUUGCCAGCCGAGUUCACUUUAGUGGCCACAUUUAAGCCGACCUCUUUCCGAACGAGCUACCUCUUUGCCGUCCUUAAUCCCUUCGAAACCGUCGUCCAAUUGGGCAUUAGAAUUUCGGAUGGACCUGGCUCGAACCAGAACAUCUCGUUGGUCUAUACGAACUCGGACGAGCACUCUCACUCGGAGGAGGUGGCGAAAUUUACCGUGCCGAAGCUUACGAAAAAGUGGUCGAAGAUCGUCAUUAAAGUUUCCACGACCGAUGUCACCUUCUACCUCAAUUGCCACGAGAUGUCCCGACAGAGGGUCACCAGAAUCCCUCAGGAAUUAGUAUUCGACACUGCCAGUACGCUCUACAUCGCACAAGCUGGACCCCACAUUCAGGAACGAUACGACGGUUUGCUGCAAUCUUUGAAGCUAUACUCCGGCCAUCCACCAGAUCUUGUAAAAUGCACUGCUGACUUUGACUUUUCAGACGAAGAGCGCGGCUCUGGUGAUUACGAUUCCGACUUGUUCGAUGGUUCUGGCAGCAAUGAUUUGACUAAGAUCAGUCGGGAUGCGGACGAAGACAAAAGCGAGGAGAGUAACCCGCCGCCAUUCAUCACGCCUCCACCUCCGAAUCCAGAUUAUAAAGGACCCAAAGGCGAAAAGGGCGACAAAGGCGACAAAGGGGAGAGCGUCAGAGGUCCUCCUGGACCUCCGGGCCCACCUGGUCGCGAUGAGGAUUGGCUAAUGAAGAUACCACAGGGACCACCUGGUCAGAAAGGAGAUCCUGGCACUUGCAUCUGUAAUGCUACGGCCUUAAUGUCUUCUUUUACGAUGCCAAAGAUGAUACAAGGACCGAAGGGUGAGCCAGGAGUGUCGGGACAAGAGGGCAAGCAAGGCUUGAUGGGUCUCACGGGUGUGGCAGGACAGCCAGGGGAAAGAGGCUUGCCCGGUCCGUUCGGAGCGAAAGGUGACAAGGGUGAUAUUGGAAUACAGGGUCCGGAAGGUCCCCAAGGUCAAAAGGGCGAACCGGGUCGCGAUGGAAUUCCUGGCGAAAAGGGCGCACAGGGUCCGCCGGGACCGCCUGGGAAAGGAGAAUUUUCUAGCUAUGACCCUAGUUGGAAACCUCGAAAUAUUUACAGGACGGAAGGAGGUAUCACAAUGAGGCCAGGACUCCCAGGACAGAAGGGUGAACCAGGCAUCUCAGGAAACCCCGGUCCUAAAGGCGAGGCUGGAAUACCAGGGUCUAAGGGUAUCAAGGGCGAGCCAGGGCACAAGGGUGCCAAGGGUGACCACGGGAAGGACGGUCCCAAAGGAAUUCAAGGUUUCAAGGGUGAACCAGGCGCAGCUGGCGCGCCAGGUCUGCCUGGUGCACCCGGCGAGAAUGGACGGCCGGCGGAGAAGGGCGAUAAGGGCGAUACAGGACCUGAAGGCAAACCAGGACCUCCAGGACCACCCGGUCCACCUGGUGCAAAUGGUCCCGGUGGGAUAAAUGUAGGGGAUCUAGGAUUCGGCACAAAGGGCGACAAAGGAGAGACUGGAGCGCGCGGAUAUAAGGGCGAUAAGGGCACGAAGGGCGAGAAAGGCGAUAAGGGCGAUGCCGGCCCAGCUGGUAUUCCUGGAAUAAAUGGUAUUCAAGGACCUCAAGGAGAUAAAGGCGAACCUGGCAAGGACGGGAUAUCAGGAUUACCCGGCAUACCUGGUUCUAAGGGCGAGAGAGGAGAAAGAGGUCCUCCUGGAGCCACUACUGUUGCUAAUUCCGGCGACUAUAUCACUAUCAAAGGCGAGAAAGGCGCCGAAGGAAAACGGGGCAGGAGAGGACGACCUGGAUCGCCCGGCCCUGUGGGUCCUCCCGGAAAACCAGGAACUAUGGGAGAGAUCGGUCUACCAGGAUGGAUGAAUACGAUGAAGGGUCGUCCUGGGACACCUGGAAUUCCAGGAAGUAUCGGACCAAUGGGACCCAAGGGAGAAAAGGGGGAGCCCGGCGCACCGAGCCCUUACGGUGUUUCCGUCGGUAUCAAAGGCGAUAAAGGAAAUGAUGGUUUUCCCGGAAUUCCUGGUCAACCAGGAAGAGAGGGCCAAAGAGGACCUCCAGGACCACCUGGACCUCCUGGACCGCCGUCCCAAGGAAAAUACAUCCCCGUUCCAGGACCUCCAGGUCCUCCCGGACCUCCUGGUCCGCCUGGAUUAUCCUUAAUUGGACAGAAAGGCGAACCCGGAAUCGGUAGAAGCCACGUUUUCGGUGAAAGGGAUUAUUACGGCUCUAGACAAGGACCUAGAAGUAGUCUGGAUGAAUUGAAAGCUCUACGUGAACUCAAGCAAUUGAAAGAAUUAAAAGAGCAGUUAGGAGGUGUCACUGCCGCUACAAGGGGGCCUUUAGAAAGUACAACGAAAAUUGUGCCAGGAGCUGUUACAUUCCAAAAUACAGAAGCCAUGACAAAAAUGUCUAGUGUUAGUCCAGUUGGAACUCUGGCUUACAUCAUAGACGAACAAGCAUUGUUAGUUAGAGUUAACAACGGAUGGCAAUACAUAGCACUUGGAUCACUUUUACCCAUUACAACACCAGCACCGCCAACCACGGCACCACCACCAGCGAAUCCUCCCUUCGAAGCAUCGAACUUGAUUAAUCAGAUACCCGUGAAAGCCGAUGGAACAGGGUGGUAUCCGCGAAUGUUGAGAAUGGCUGCAUUGAAUGAGCCAUUUACCGGAGACAUGCAUGGUAUACGAGGAGCAGAUUAUGCUUGCUAUCGACAAGCAAAGCGAGCAGGGUUGAGAGGUACAUUCCGCGCUUUUCUUAGUUCUCGAGUUCAGAACGUCGAUAGUAUCGUCAGAUUAGGAGAUCGAGAUCUUCCUAUAGUUAACAUAAAGGGCGACGUCCUAUUCAACUCUUGGAAAGAGAUGUUCAAUGGAAACGGGGCAUACUUUUCUCAGAAUCCCAGAAUCUACAGUUUCAACGGGAAGAACAUUCUUACAGACUUUGCAUGGCCCGAGAAAAUCGCGUGGCAUGGCUCUCACAAGCUUGGGGAUCGCGCGAUGGACACUUAUUGCGACGCCUGGCACUCGAGCAGCUCGGAUCGCUACGGAUUGGGCUCGCCGUUGACUGGCGGUCGGCUGCUGGAACAAGUGCGAUAUUCGUGCGACAAUAAAUUCGCGCUUCUCUGCAUCGAGGUGACGAGCGAGAUGGGGAGGAGACGGCGGAGUGUCGACAGCCAGCCGGAGGACGACGAUGUCGAGAUGACGGAAAACGAUUAUGUGGAAUACUUGGAGGAACUCAUGCAAUACUGAACACACAUACACACACACACACACACACACACACACACACACACACACACUCUUUCUCUUGAUUAUCUCACCCUCUUGUCACACUUGCCGUCAUAUCGAUAUACAUAUCGCGAAAUAAUAACGUACGAGCAGCAACGCGCCUCAUCUUGUUCCCAAGAUUCUAUCUUCGAGAUUCUAAAGGUAUAAUUAUACUUAUACUUCCAUCGCGAGCACACUAAUCAUUCGCUUCAGCCACGUUCUCAGUUCUUUCUUCUCUCAAUCUUUCUUAAAAAUAAAAAGAAGACUGAUCGUCUAGAUACUCAUUCGUCAGUGUUUCGUCGUUAUCGAGUAUUCCUAUCGGGUGCUCAAUCUUCUAUCAGUCAUUACCGAGAGUCGAUCGUUCGGACAUCUCUUUGUAAAGCCGUCGCAGUUCAACGUUCGUUAAGCGUAUCCCUUCAUCACAAUAUAAAUAUCCAAAAAUAUUUAUAGAUCGUCAUGUCAACGACGUGACAUGACUCGGACAUAUGCGUGCACGAUUCGUUCAGGCCCGCGUUAAGCGUUAAAGAAAACGACUGUCUAGUUCUACUUCUUCUUAUUACGCUAUACACACACACACAUACACACACACACACACACACACACACACACACACACACGUCAGGGGACUUGACACAAUCACCAAUUUUUAAUUAUUCAAAAGUCAGAAAAUUCAGACGAAUAAUUUUUAGGAUUCGAUAAUCCGUAUCAUUGCAAACACUUAUCAAAGAUCGAGGAUUUGAAUUCGAAAGAGUAUUAACUUUAAAAAUCAAAA